AUGGCAUCCUCUGAUGUUGACCAAAGGUAUCUCGGCCAACUCGCGGCGCUAUCUCAGUCCCAUGCGCUCCUCUCCUCGUCCCUCUACCAAAUCCUCGGUCUCUCCGUUCUCCUUUCUCGGCGAUUGUUCCGCGCCCGGAAGUUGCGUCGCUUGGACACAUCUCGAGACACCAAGAGCUUGAACCUUUACCAUCACAUUUUGUGGUUAAGCCGCGAAGGUCUUGCAACCCUCGAGGUCGGCGUACUCCCGUACGUCGAGCGUGCAGAUCAUAGUGCGGAAUUACGCGUCCUAGCAGCAAAGCUACGCGCAAGCUUCUACCAUAUCUUUUGCCUCUUCCAUAACAAUCCACCAGUGACAUCAAUUGGCCCGACUCAGGACAACUCUCCCAACAAUGGUCAAGGGCGCACGAAGUUGCGAGACCCAAUCCCGAGCAUCACGUCGGAAGCCUCGUAUAUCACCAAUCCAUACUCCAAUAUUACUCCCCUACGCCCCGAGAACACGGGUCUGGUUCCGACUCCAACUUCGGGUGCGGGGCCAAGCUCAGUAGCUCGAACUCAAUUGCCACCAGGGCUACCACCGGGAUUUUCACCGCUUCCUCCACAUCCUAGCUCGUUCAUCCUUCCAGCUCUGAACUACAUACCGACCACAACAUCGCUAUUCGCACAUGCGACGAGUCUAUCCACAACUCUCCUUCCCGGCUCCCAUCCCCUUCGACUUUCGGUCGCGUUGGAGCAUUCCGCGUUCUUGUGGGAUGUCGCCCAUGAUUAUGAUGGGGCCAAGCGACUCGCACGAGGAGCGGUUAGGGAGGUAUAUCGCGCCGACGAAGGGUUGACGGACACCGAGUUUGAGGUUGUUGCAGGGUUGGUCGGCUUACUCGGCGGCGUGAUGAGACGA